UCCCUCCCUCUCUGCUCCCUCCCGCGGGAAGAUGGCGGCGCCCUUAGCGCGGCAGCUGGAGGAGCUGCUCAACCCCAGGCCCAGCUUACGCGACCCCGAGGACGACGCGGAGGAAGCUACGGUUGCUAAAGUGAUUGACAAAUUUGAGGAUGAAACUGCAGAUGACAUUUUCCCUGUUGGUAAUAUACGGAAAAAAGCUUCAGCCUCUCUCUUGGAAGCUGAUAAAAGGUACAGUGGAAAAGCUACAUCUCGCAAAGCCUUGCAAGAAGAACUCUGGGGAGAUGCUCUGUCUGAAGAAGGAUCUGCUGAAGAAGCAUUAGAUGAAUGGUACAGCGGCAGUGAAGAUUCAGAAGAGAAUGGCAGCUUAGGCAGUAAAACAAAGGAGAAGCCGAGCAGUGCUGGCAGUGACCGGGAGGAUGACUUGGAAGACGAUGAAAGGUCAGAUCUGUCUGUUGAGGCCAAGGCACCAAAGUUCAGCUUCCAGAAUAUCACAGACUUCGAGAAAUUUACAGAGGGGAUGGAUGAUGUAGGAAGCAGCGAGGGGGAAGAUGAAGAUGAUACCAGCAUGGAAGAAGGAAGUGAUGAGGAGGAAUAUGGGAGUGAAAGCCAUGACAACGUAAAGGAAACCAAAGACAGCGAAGAUGAUGGGGGGGUGAUGACAUUCUCAAAAGGACAAGAGACUGAAGAAGUAGAAAAAGGAAAAGCUGUGAAGAACCAGCUAGCACUGUGGGAUCAACUAUUAGAAGGCAGAAUCAAGAUGCAGAAGGCGCUCAUAACAGUCAACCGGCUUCCACAGCCAGAUACUUACCCAAUCUUCAGAAAGGAAGGUGGACAAGAAUUUGACACUGCUGUUGAGAACUGUUGUAAAGCCCUGGAGGCAUUGCUGAAAGUAUUAGUGGACCUUCAGGAUGAGCUGCUUUAUCAAUACCCAGGCACGAGGCACCUGGUAGAUGGAAAGCAAUCAAAAACUGAGAGUGAUGAUGAAAUCCCUAGCAGUAGCGAUGAAGAGCAAGUGGAUAAGGCUCAGGAGAAGAGGAGGAGCCUCCCCAAACGAAAGCUAAAGCUGGACGACUACCCCGAAUUCAUAGCCAAGCGGUAUGCUGACUUCAGGAUGUAUCGGAACAACAUCUUGCAGAAGUGGCAUGAAAAGACAAAGCUGGCAUCUGGCAAAAUGGGAAAGGGUUUCGGUGCCUUUGAGCGUUCAAUCUUGACUCAGAUUGAUCAUAUUAUGAUGGACAAAGAGAGAUUACUACGGCGGACACAGACCAAGCGAUCAGUGUAUACAGUGCUGGGAAAGCAGGAACAGGAAUCUCAUCCGGUCCCUGAAUCUUUGCCUGAAAAUUCGGAAGUCCUCCCUCAGUCGGAUUCCAACAGGCACCUGAAAGACAUAGAUGAGGAGAUAUUUGAUGAUGAUGACUUUUAUCACCAGCUUCUUCGAGAACUUAUAGAACGUAAAACCACUUCAUUGGACCCCAAUGACCAGGUAGCCAUGGGCAGGCAAUGGCUGGCCAUCCAGAAGUUACGAAGCAAAAUAAAGAAGAAAGUGGACAGAAAAGCCAGUAAAGGAAGGAGAAUCCGGUAUCAUGUCCAUAGCAAGCUGGUGAGCUUCAUGGCACCUAUUGACCACUGUACAAUGAAUGAUGAUGCCAGGACGGAGCUUUAUCGUUCACUGUUUGGAAAAACCACAAGUCCUGAAGAACCCGAGCAGAAUUAACAUCAGGCCUUCGCGCCAGGAUUGAGCACACCGGCGGGCGAGGAGCUGCCCCGUCUCGUGGCAUCUCCUCUGUCGGGGCGGCUGCCGGCCCCGCUCUCGGGUCCUCGCCUAAAGGCUUUGCCAGAGCAAAGUCUCUCCAGCUGCUAGUUCUGUGCUAAAAAAACCUCACUGAAGGACCGCCAGACACGGUUACUGCUAGAUCACCCAGGCUCAGCGAGGAGGGAGCGGGGUAGAUGUUUAGCUUGGCUAGACGCCCUCCUCUCAUGCUUUAAAAUGAACUCUGCUUCCUCCCAAAGACAGUCCAUUUUUAACUAUUCCCUUUAAAUUCCUGACCUUGAUUUUGCAAUUUGCUCAGCAUGGGCACAGUGUUCUGCCGGGGGAGGGACGCGCGAUUCAGAGCAGCAGGGACCAACCCCUCACCCCCCCCCGAAAUGGGGUCACCCACGUUUUAUUAAAGCCUUAGCGAUUUCUGUUGGGGGAAUUGGGGGGGGGGGGGGGGGCGCACGGUGUUUAAGCGUGCGGUUCUGGUCGUUGGCUGCGUAUCUGGAAUGUGCGACUUUAUUUUUCACCAAGUCAAGAGGAUUUAAAUGUCAUUUACAUAAUUAACGUGGCCUUAAAACAGAGAAAAGGUGCUCCCUGUGCAGACAGCCAGAGCUCCCAGUUCACGCGCCCGUUCCUGCACACAGGGACGUUAGCUGACGUGAUGAGCGCAGCACGGGGUGCGUCUGGGGCUGUUUCUCCAAGUAGAACGUACCGGUGAAUUUUUCAGUCCAGCAUUGAUCCUGUACACUCAGGUUUUUUUUCUGCUGAUCAUGACUCUGAGCCGUCCUGUGUUCACCCGCACCACGACACGCUGUUGAAGGAUGCCAGCACGAAGGUGGCACUGGCCAGAGGAGAUGACUCAUUGAGGGGGUUUGUGGGGUUUUUAUAUCCAAAGGUCAGAAGCCAGAAAUUAAAUCCCCAUCAGGGGAAUUUGUUAGCCUGCUGUGAUCAAUCUGAAACGGAGGUUAUUUUGCGUAAAUAAUAUGUGCACAUAUAUAUAUAUAUACACACACGUGUGCAGGGUGGCCAUUGCCUGUGACCACAUCAACUGCACUGUCUGUGGUUUAUGUUUGCCGCAAUCUAAUUAAAAUGCUUUGCAAACUGA